AUGGUCACCGGAUUCCCCAGCUUAACAUCUAUAGAGAGGAUUAUUGACCUCCAGGCUCUCUGCUCUGCCUCACCAGGUCAGCUCUUCUCACUGGACUCCCCGGCCGGCUUUACAUCUAUAGAGGCGAUUAUUGACCUCCAGGCAUUCUGGCCAAUCUCACCAGGUGAUUCUGGUUAUACAAGUGAUACUGGUGAUACAAGUGAUACUGGUGAUACAAGUGAUACUGGUGAUACAGGUGAUUCUGGUUAUACAAGUGAUACUGGUGAUACAAGUGAUACUGGUGAUACAGGUGAUACUGGUGAUACAGGUGAUUCUGGUUAUACAAGUGAUACUGGUGAUACAAGUGAUACUGGUUAUACAAGUGAUACUGGUGAUACCGGUGAUUCUGGUUAUACAAGUGAUUCUGGUGAUACAAGUGAUACUGGUGAUACAAGUGAUACUGGUGAUACAGGUGAUUCUGGUUAUACAAGUGAUACUGGUGAUACAAGUGAUACUGGUGAUACAGGUGAUACUGGUGAUACAGGAGAUACUGGUUAUACAAGUGAUUCUGGUUAUACAAGUGAUACUGGUUAUACAAGUGAUACAAACGAUACAAUAUCCGCAGUGUGA